AUGGACGUGGACGUGGACGUGGACGUGGACGUGGACGUGGACAUGGACGUGGACGUGGACGUGGACGUGGACGUGGACGUGGACGUGGACGUGGACGUGGACGUGGACGUGGACGUGGACGUGGACAUGGACGUGGACGUGGACGUGGACGUGGACGUGGACGUGGACGUGGACGUGGACAUGGACGUGGACGUGGACGUGGACGUGGACGUGGACGUGGACGUGGACGUGGACGUGACGUGGACAUGGACGUGGACGUGGACGUGGACGUGGACGUGGACGUGGACGUGGACGUGGACGUGGACAUGGACGUGGACGUGGACGUGGACGUGGACGUGGACAUGGACGUGGACGUGGACGUGGACGUGGACGUGGACAUGGACGUGGACGUGGACGUGGACGUGGACGUGGACAUGGACGUGGACGUGGACGUGGACGUGGACAUGGACGUGGACGUGGACGUGGACGUGGACGUGGACAUGGACGUGGACGUGGACGUGGACGUGGACGUGGACGUGGACGUGGACGUGGACGUGGACGUGGACGUGGACGUGGACGUGGACGUGGACGUGGACAUGGACGUGGACGUGGACAUGGACGUGGACGUGGACGUGGACGUGGACGUGGACGUGGACGUGGACGUGGACGUGGACGUGGACGUGGACGUGGACGUGGACGUGGACGUGGACGUGGACGGACGUGGACGUGGACGUGGACGUGGACGUGGACGUGGACGUGGACGUGGACGUGGACGUGGACGUGGACGUGGACGUGGACGUGGACGUGGACGUGGACGUGGACGUGGACGUGGACGUGGACGUGGACGUGGACGUGGUGGACGUGGACGUGGACGUGGACGUGGACGUGGACGUGGACGUGGACGUGGACGUGGACGUGGACGUGGACGUGGACGUGGACGUGGACGUGGACGUGGACGUGGACGUGGACGUGGACGUGGACAUGGACGUGGACGUGGACGUGGACGUGGACGUGGACAUGGACGUGGACGUGGACGUGGACGUGGACGUGGACGUGGACGUGGACGUGGACGUGGACGUGGACAUGGACGUGGACGUGGACGUGGACGUGGACGUGGACGUGGACGUGGACGUGGACGUGGACGUGGACGUGGACGUGGACGUGGACGUGGACGUGGACGUGGACGUGGACAUGGACGUGGACGUGGACGUGGACGUGGACGUGGACGUGGACGUGGACGACGUGGACGUGGACGUGGACGUGGACGUGGACGUGGACGUGGACGUGGACGUGGACGUGGACGUGGACGUGGACGUGGACGUGGACGUGGACGUGGACGUGGACGUGGACGUGGACGUGGACGUGGACGUGGACGUGGACGUGGACGUGGACGUGGACGUGGACGUGGACGUGGACGUGGACAUGGACGUGGACGUGGACGUGGACGUGGACAUGGACGUGGACGUGGACGUGGACGUGGACGUGGACGUGGACGUGGACGUGUGGGACGUGGACGUGGACGUGGACGUGGACGUGGACGUGGACGUGGACGUGGACGUGGACGUGGACGUGGACGUGGACGUGGACGUGGACGUGGACGUGGACGUGGACGUGGACGUGGACGUGGACGUGGACAUGGACGUGGACGUGGACGUGGACGUGGACGUGGACGUGGACGUGGACGUGGACGUGGACGUGGACGUGGACGUGGACGUGGACGUGGACGUGGACGUGGACGUGGACGUGGACGUGGACGUGACGUGGACGUGGACGUGGACGUGGACGUGGACGUGGACGUGGACGUGGACGUGGACGUGGACGUGGACGUGA